AUGGGUCGCGUCAUUCGCAAUCAGAGAAAGGGUGCUGGUUCCAUCUUCACCUCCCACACCCGUUUAAGAAAGGGUGCUGCUAAGCUCAGAAAGCUCGACUACGUUGAGCGUGAGGGCUACAUCCGCGGUGUCGUUAAGCAGAUUGUUCACGACCCUGGUCGAGGUGCUCCUCUUGCCAAGGUUGUCUUCCGCGACCCUUACAAGUACAAGCUCCGUGAGGAGACCUUCAUUGCCAAUGAGGGUGUCUACACUGGCCAGUUCAUCUACGCCGGUGCUAAGGCCUCCCUUAACGUUGGUAACAUUCUUCCUUUGGGCUCUGUUCCUGAGGGUACCAUCCUCUCCAACGUUGAGGAGAAGCCUGGUGACCGUGGUUCCCUCGGCAGAACCUCUGGUAACUACGUUAUCGUUGUUGGCCACAAUGCUGAUGAGGGCAAGACUAGAUUGAAGCUUCCCUCUGGUGCCAAGAAGAUUGUUUCUUCCAACGCCCGUGGUGUCAUUGGUGUUGUUGCCGGUGGUGGUCGUAUUGACAAGCCCCUCCUUAAGGCUGGCAGAGCCUUCCACAAGUACAAGGUCAAGAGAAACUCGUGGCCCAGAACUCGUGGUGUUGCCAUGAAUCCCGUCGACCAUCCCCAUGGUGGUGGUAACCAUCAGCACAUUGGUAAGGCCUCUACCAUCUCCAGAAACGCUGUUCCUGGUCAAAAGGUCGGUCUUAUUGCUGCCAGAAGAACUGGUCUCCUCAGAGGUACUCAAAAGACCAAGGAUUAA